AUGCCAUCGCAUGGUGCUUCCAUGAAUGAACAAGCCAUUGCCGCAAUUGUGAGCAACGGCUGGCCUGGCACAAAGGUAGAAUCGGUAACACCUCUAGGAGCAGGCAAGUCGUUCAACAAUAAAAUCUACUUUCUCAAGAUGCAGCACGCCAACAAAAUGGCCGCCCUUGGAGAAGAAGACGCCGUCAUUAAGAUCAAUGGUACAUUGUACGAUGGCGACACACAAAGCGCCAUACCAAUGGACACGUUUCAAUUUACUCACUAUGACCUAUUUCCUCGAAAUAUCUUAGUAACCGGGAGCCCACCACGCAUCACGGGAAUCGUGGAUUGGGAGUUCCCCGGCUUCUUUCCGCCUGUCGAUGAAUUUUUAGAUGACUGGCUGGACGGAGGUGAUUGGCCCAAGGAGUUUUAUGUCGCGUAUCUGAAGCGCCUCGAGGAAAACGGUGUGGCUACACCGGCCAAGAGCGUCAGAGGAGAUGGUUGGCAAAAAUGGCAUGGUGGCUGGAAAAGAUAA